CUGCUCCCGCGCCGGAGCCGCCCUUUUCCUCCGCGCGGGGCCGGGCCGGGAGCGCCGCGGGCCAUGGCCGGGCUGCGGACGCUGCUGCUGCUGGGUUGCGCGCUGACCGCCGCCCGCGCCUUCAACUUGGACGCCGAGCGGCCGGCCGUGUACUCGGGCGCCGAGGGCAGCUAUUUCGGCUUCGCCGUGGACUUCUUCGCUCCCGAUCCCUCCUCGAUAUUUCUUCUGGUGGGAGCUCCAAAAGCAAACACCUCCCAGCACAACGUGGUAGAAGGGGGCCAGGUGCUGCAAUGUAACUGGAAUUCCAACAGGAACUGCCAGCCCAUCAUCUUCGACUCCACAGGCAACAGAGAUUUUGCUCCUGAUGAUCCACUGGAAUUUAAGUCUCAUCAGUGGUUUGGAGCAUCUGUGAGAUCCAAAAAUGAUAAGAUUUUGGCUUGUGCCCCAUUGUAUCACUGGAGAACUGAAACAAAACAAGAGCGAGAGCCUGUGGGAACUUGUUACCUGCUCACUGGAUCCAAAUCUGUGGAAUAUGCACCCUGCAGGUCAACCACUAUUGAUGCAGAUGGGCAAGGAUUUUGUCAAGGUGGAUUUAGUAUUGACUUUACAAAGGGAGACAGAGUCCUGCUUGGAGGACCUGGCAGUUUUUACUGGCAAGGCCAGCUCAUUUCUGAUCGAGUGACAGAGAUUGUGGCUAAAUAUGACUCCAAAGUCUACAGUACAAAAUAUGACGACCAGUUAGCAACCAGACCUGCUAGUGCUGCUUUUGAUGACAGCUACUUGGGUUAUUCCGUGGCUGUUGGAGACUUCAGUGGUGAUGGCAUAGAAGACUUUGUAUCAGGAGUCCCAAGAGCAGCAAGAACUCUAGGCAUGGUGUCCAUCUACAAUGGGAAAAACAUGUCCUCCAUGUACAACUUCACUGGAGAGCAGAUGGCUGCCUAUUUUGGGUAUUCAGUGGCUGCCACAGAUAUCAAUGGGGACGAUUACACAGAUUUGUUUAUUGGAGCCCCACUCUUUAUGGAUCGAGGUUCUGAUGGGAAACUUCAAGAGGUCGGCCAAGUUUCCAUUUGUCUUCAAAGAGCCUCUGGAGGGUUUCAGAUCGCAAAGCUGAAUGGUUUUGAGAUAUUUGCAAGAUUUGGCAGUGCUAUUGCACCCCUGGGUGAUCUAGACCAGGAUGGCUUUAAUGAUAUUGCAGUAGCUGCUCCAUACGGUGGAGAGGACAAGAGAGGACUUGUCUAUAUCUACAAUGGAAGAGCAACUGGUUUGAAUGCAGUCCCAUCUCAGAUUCUUGAAGGGCAGUGGGCUGCUCGUACUAUGCCACCCAGCUUUGGGUACUCACUGAAAGGAGCCACAGACGUGGACAAAAAUGGAUAUCCAGACUUGAUUGUUGGAGCCUUUGGUGUUGACACAGCUGUUUUGUAUAGGGCCAGACCAGUUAUUAGAGUGAAUGCUGCCCUGGAAGUUAAUCCAACCAUUCUAAACCCAGAAAACAAAGCCUGUUCACUGUCAGAUGUAAAAGUUUCAUGCUUCAAAGUAAAAUUCUGCUUAAAAGCAGAUGGCAAAGGAAAGCUCCCUAAUUCACUCAAUUUCCAAGUGGAGCUGCUGUUGGAUAAACUGAAGCAAAAGGGAGCUAUAAGGAGAGCUCUCUUUCUCCACAGCAAACAGCCUAGCCAUUCCAAGAACAUGACUAUUACAAAGGGAGGCAAAAUGAAUUGUGAAGAACUUGAUGCUUUUCUGAGGGAUGAAUCUGAAUUUAGAGACAAAUUAACUCCCAUUACAAUUUUUAUGGAAUAUCGUCUUGAUUACAAAACAGCUGCAGAUGCAACAGGAUUGCAUCCUAUCCUCAAUCAGUUCACUCCUGCUAAUAUGAGCAGACAGGCACACAUCCUGUUGGAUUGUGGUGAGGAUAAUAUCUGCAAACCAAAGCUGGAGGUUUCAGUAAGAAGUGAUCAGAAGAAGAUCUACAUUGGUGAUGACAAUCCCUUAACGCUGACUGUCAAUGCAGAGAAUCAAGGGGAAGGAGCCUAUGAAGCAGAACUCUUUGUCAUUGUUCCUCCCCAAGCAGAUUUCAUUGGUGUUGUUCGAAAUAAUGAGGCUUUAGCAAGAUUGUCAUGUGCAUUUAAAACUGAGAAUCAAACUCGCAUGGUGGUUUGUGACCUGGGAAAUCCCAUGAAAGCAGGAACUAAGCUAUUAGCUGGCCUACGUUUCAGUGUGCACCAGCAAUCUGAAAUGGAUACCUCUGUGAAGUUCGACUUGCAAAUACGAAGUUCCAACCUGUUUGACAAUCUAAGUCCUGUAGCAUUCUAUCAGGUUGACCUUGCCAUUUCAGCAGCUGUUGAAAUUAGAGGCGUGUCAUCUCCUGAUCACAUAUUCCUUCCUAUUGCAAAUUGGCAGCCCAAGGAGAAUCCAGAAACAGAAGAUGAUAUAGGGCCUCUAGUUCAGCAUAUCUACGAGCUGAGAAACAAUGGCCCAAGUGCUUUCAGCAAGGUGAUGAUGACUCUGCAGUGGCCUUACAAAUACAAAAACUAUACGCUGUUGUAUAUUGUUCAGUAUGACAUCGAUGGUCCCAUGAACUGCACUUCUGAUAUGGAGAUCAAUCCAUUGAAAAUUAAGAUUUCUGCUUCUAAAGAGGAUGAGAAGAAUGAAACAUUUAGCAGGGAAGAUAAUCGCAAUCAUCGUAUCAGUCGGAGAGAUUUAACUGCCAUUGAAGGAGACGUGCAAACCUUGGGCUGUGGAAAUGCUGAUUGUUUAAAGAUAGUCUGCCAAGUUGGCCACCUGGAAAGGGGGAAGAGUGCAAUACUGUAUUUAAAAUCACGACUUUGGACCCAAACUUUCAUGAACAAAGAAAAUCAGAAUCACUCCUAUUCCCUUAAAUCAUCUGCUUCGUUCAAUGUUAUAGAGUUCCCUUACAAGAACCUUUCUUUUGAAGAUAUUCACAAUUCCACAGUGGUUACUACAAAUAUUACAUGGGGCAUUCAACCACAGCCUAUGCCUGUGCCAGUGUGGGUUAUAAUUUUAGCUGUCCUAGCAGGAUUAUUGCUCUUGGCUGUUCUGGUGCUCGUUAUGUACAGGAUGGGCUUUUUCAAACGUGUGAGACCACCUCAAGAAGAACAAGAAAGAGAACAGCUGCAACCACACGAGAAUGGGGAAGGAACGUCAGAAGCUUAAGCAGAGUUUUAUCUACUACUCGCAUGUCUAGGCACUAUAAGGAGAUGAGGAGAAAAGAAAAACAGCACAACAAAACAUGGUCAAGAUUUCUUCAGCUGACGUGAAAGGGUUUUUGUAGCCCUGUUAAUGUCAUUGCUAACUAUGUCUUAAUUUUACUGUGGCAACUGGAAAAUCAUUUUGCUGUUCAAGAUAAAGAGGUACAUUUUGUUGGUACAUGUACUGUAGCUAUGGAAAGCUUCUUCCAUUUACUUAAGUUACAUAAACACUUAUUUAAACAAUUUUUAUUUUCCAAUGUUCUAUUUGAGAAUAAAUGCAAGUAGUUACUUCUCCCAUAUCCAUUAAUUUCCACUUGGACUGGUUAAAGAAAGAAAAGUAGCAUACAUAAAUGGAGCAUACGGAGAAUGUCAAUAGAUAUAACAUCCCAAAUUCACUUUCAAGUCAUGUUAUUCUUUCAGGAGGGUUCUGAAGAGACCACUUUUCUGAAGGGAUGUACAGGCAGGGAUGUACAUUUUGCAUUUUAAACUUGAUAGUAUGGUUAAAGAAAACACAUGCACUUGUGUCACUAUAAAUUUUACAGUGGCAUACAAGCAUUGAUGUAUUCUUAUAGCACAUAUUUUAGAGAGAUGUUAAAACUUUCAAAUAAACUUAAAAAAUGUAUUUUGGAGUGAAAUUAAUGCCCUUGAGUCGAAACUAAUGCAAAUAAGAUGCAUACUGCAAGCAUUAAGAAGCAGCCACUAGAAAUACAGUAUCAAAUAAUUGUCUUAGCCUUCUUUUCAGAGAGUUAUGUUUCAGAAGCAAAAUGUUUAUGUAUAUAGUAUCAGGAACUACGUAAUUCUUUAGCCAAUGGAAACAUUAUCUUUUAUAGUGAAAAAUGAAAUUCUGUAAAUGUAAAUGUGAAGAGGAGGAUCUAACUGAAAGGUUGUUUCUCCCAAGAAACACUACCAAAUUGAGAUAGCUUUUGUCUAACCAUGACUGCAAAGUCAGACAUUUAUUAACAUAAAUGGAAAUAUUUGAGAGAUGUCGACGGGGUUGGUACCAAGUUUAUCAUUUUACUUGUUCCACUGUUCUAAAUUGUGAUUGACGUGUGGAUCUUAGAUUCAUAUAAUGCUUAUGAAACUCUUAAGAAAGUUUAUUAUAUAUGUACUUUCUUAAAAAAAAAAAAAAAAGUUUAUUCCAAGCAAAGGCUUCAAUGUUUUUAUGUUUCUCAAUUUGUGUCUAUGGUUAAACAGCCAUUUAGCUAAACUCUCAUGAGUAUUUACAGAAUAUUCUAGCUGUUUAUCAGCAUAUUCUUGGUCCUUCAAAGGAUUCAUGUUGCACUUCAAUUUUCUGCAACACUGAGCUCUACUGAUGGUUAUCCCUAGGUCCUGAAGUAUUUAUCCCAUCCCAUCCCAAAUAGUCAGCAAUGGAGCAACAUUACACUGGUGAAAAUCCAGUUAGUUUUUUUUUCUUUGGUCUGUGUCAAGCCACAGUCCAGUGAAAUGACAGAAAACCUGACAUUCACUGCAGUUGCCUUUCAAUUAUACUCUUCACGUUCAACGUUAAUGAAGACAAAACAAAGGAGUUCAUGAAAUGAAAAUGGAAGUCCAGUAUAAAAAGUAGUUGGCAGACCACAGAUAAGCAUUACGGUGAAGGCAGAGUUCUUUGUUUGCUCACUUGAGUGAUGGGGUAAACCCAUAAGUAGUGGCAGUGGCCUUCAAUUACAAACAAAUGGCAUACAUUGGAGCAUGAUUCCAUGCUGAGCUCUACUGAUUCUCACAGAUGGGAGUGGGAUCUGAGCUCUUUGGUACAGAAUCUCUACCUUCUCAUUCCCAAGUGCAAUAUACCAUGAUCAGAACUAGUGCACUGCCAAGAUGUCUGGUUUUGUUUGUCUAGGAAGGGAUGUAGCAUUUGUUGACUUGCAGCGGUCAAUAUUUUUCAAAACUUUAACAAAACUAGUGUGAUGAAAUGAAAUGAUAAAUGAAUGGUGUACAAAGAUGUUGAUCCACCCACAUUGGGUGAAACAAGAUGUAUAUUCUAACCUAUAUUCAUUACUAAAUGUUGAAUUAUUGAGAAUUGGUACAAUAUUCUUUAAGUCGACUCUUGAAAAUGUGUCUAGAGACAGUACAAUAAUGGGUUUGAGUCUGUAGUGCUACUGCUGUUUCAUAGAACGUUGGUCUUUUUUUUUUUUUCCAUUGUGUAAAAGUUUUCAAUAAUAACCCAAGGAACUUAAGCAUUACCCGCAGUGACCUCUCCAGAUAUGCUUCAUUAAGAUUGAAUAACUUGACCUUUGGCUUUUGUAAAGAAAAUGAAGAAUUGAUGUAGCAUUUCAGAAUCUUCAAAAGCAUCUUCAAAAGAUGUUUUCAGGUUUAGGUGGCCCUUUCUAGUCCAGGAAGGCAACUGGUAUUUGCUAUGAUAUAAAUAUGUUGAAAAUGUAAGGUUGUAUUUUUUGGUAAUAGAAUUUUGUCAUUGAUUUUUUGCUCGUGCAUUAAAUCAUUAUAGCAUAGUUUGCACAGGCAGAAAAUUAACAUACUAAUGAGACUGCUGCGUUUUGGGUUUCUUAGUUAUGUAGUAAAUAUUUGUAAUGAAUGGGAAUAUUUUCAGCAACUAUGAACUUGUUUCCAAGGUCUUCGGUACAUUUAAAGAGAGCAAUAUACAUUUGAAGUCACCUUAUUUUUAUUAAAUUAUAAACCUUGAAAAAAAAAGUGGAUAUUAUAGCACAGUAAUUUUGUACUGAUAUCAAAAAUAGCUAUUAAGCUAUGGUUUACUUUUCAAUGCAUUCUUUUCAUCUUAAUUGAAAAUUGAUUUUAUUAGGUUGUAUUUUUCUAUAUGUGUAUGCAAUUUCAAAAUAUUGUUGGAUAACCUGUUUGAAAAAAAUGUAUUUUGAGUUGAUUUUGAUGUUAAGAAUUUUGGAAUAAAAUACCUCUUAACUAUCAUGGCUUCCUUCAUUUUUCUUUCCUAGAUUAUUUUAAAAAUAUAUAUCUAAUUUACCUUCAUGUAUUGCAUUGUAUAUGUUUACAAUCACCAUGACGUACUAACCAUGAAAAGGUCGUAUUUUUGUAACUUCUACACUUUCAGGUAAAACAGAGUAGGUUAAUCUCAAGUCAAAAGAAUUCAUAGCCACAAGCAAAAAUGAAGAUGUGGUCAGAAAGAAUUUUCUCAUCACAAAAAAAACCAAACCAAUUUUCUUACAGAAAUUUCUGUGUACCAAAAGUAACUCAGAUUCUGUAGCUGUUGCAUCAUUGUAGAAAAUGUUCAGUUCUCAUUCUUUGCCCAGGAGAAGUCUCAGAAGUAUUGUUUUUGGUUGUUGUCGUUGUGUUCUUAGCCUAACUUUGUGUUAGGAUUACAGUCUAAAUAACAAUCAUCCUUGUGAGUAAACACUUUGUGUCACGAUAAAGGUAUACACUUUUACUUUC